GAGUUGAUUGCGAGGCUUCGCGAUCAAACCGAAAGUGCCCAGAAGGGUGAGCGAAGGCGGUGGCGGUCUUUCAACGAAAACUGCACGAGAAAUCAGCUGUCCUGGCUUGUAGUCCGUGCUGCCUUGCACGCCGAUAAGUCUCCGCCGUCUUCCAAAUGUUCUCUGGCUGAAGAUCGUAUGGAUCAUCGGAUACCAUGGAACACAUGUCCAAAUUCCUACAGGUUGGCCCGUCAAACGUCGUAUUCUCGCAAAUCAGAUUCAUUCAACCGAAUAACGACUGGUUUUCCCUGCAACGGCUAAAGGCUGUUGAGGCGAAGCUUUCGGAAACGUUGGAAUCGAGGCUUGAAGACAUCAAUUCGCUGAAGCCUGGAGCCCUGGAUACCGUCAACGGUGACAUGACAAUGGAGAAUGUGAAGGUCACCUACAACCUGAGGAAGAGGACCGCCCUCCCUCGCCACGUGGUCCAGAUGCAAGCACCAAACAAGCCGCGACACGUCGACGGGUCCAUUUGCAGAUACAACGACUACGGGGGCACGUUUGUGCGAAAGAAUGUCGUGCGCGCCGAACUUGUGGUGGUGAUCCGUCGUCUGACCGCCAGCGAAUUGGCGAAGCAACUCGGGGUGUCCGAGAGCCAGGCGUCCCAGAGCACAACGAGCGGCUACUUCAGGGAUGAGGCGGCCACGGGGAGGCCCACCACACCCCACGAGAAGGCAGCAAUCAGGAGACUGCUCAACAACAAGGAGCAGAAAAAGCGGCAGCGUGUGAGAAGCAGCUCGGAUUCCGAGAACAUCGACAGUGCAAACGAGCUUCCCAAGCCCGACACCCGGCCGCAACAGAAGAAGCCUGCGUUGGGAAGUGCGAGCCAGCAAGUGCCACAAAGAAUGUCACUCGCAAGGACAGUUUCUCCAACGCGAAGCUCGCAGCCGCAGGUCGGUGCUGUUCUCUCGAAGGCCCAAGUGUUGCGCCAUGAACAGCCGCAGAGUCUGGCGAGUACAUCGGCCCCUGAAGUCAGGACGCCUUCCGAAGAUGCCAAAAGCAAGACAAAGAGCGCUCGAGAUCAGGGUGCAAAAACCUUGACUUCUCAUGGCAGUCACUCGAGUCGUUCAGGCAGUGGUCAUUCCAGUCGCUCGAGCAGCCUACCACGCGACCGCGAAGCGAAGCAGACGUUGCGAGCGGAUUCGCGUGGGCCAGAAAGUGAGGAUCUCGUGGAACGGCAGACGACAGAGCGGCAGGCAGCGAAUCGGCAAACGGCGGACCGACAGACUGCGGACCGACAGACUGCGGACCGACAGACUGCGGACCGACAGACUGCGGACCGACAGACUGCGGACCGACAGACUGCGGACCGACAGACGGCGGAGCGGCAGACGAGUCGGCCGAAACAGACAUCCGAGAAGCAGUCGACGCAGCGGUCGAAGAGCAGCAGGGACCACAAACCGUCAAAGCACUCAAAGGAUGAUGGACGCCGGCCACACAAGGAAAACGCAAGUCAUGGCCACAGGCACGACAGCAAACGCGAGAAGUCUUCACACAGGGACGAGGGUUCGUCGUCCAAGCGACGAAAGGGAGACCACACUGCCAUCAAGCCGAAAAAAGAGUCGCAUUCAACGAAGAAUGUUGCUUUGAAGCAGUUGCUGACGGUCUGCGGGAUCGGGGACUCCGACUCGGACAGCGAAGCAGAAACGUUGAGGAAGGAAGAUAAGAUGGAGACGGUAAGGACGUCGCCAGACUCCACGCAAACGACGGUUGAGACCAAGGCAAAACGGGAGAGCAUGGACGAUUUUAAGGAGCACCGUGCGACGACAGUGGCGGCAUCGAAGAAGUCGUCUGCUAGCGGAAAGCAGAAAAGAGAAGCGGAGACGUUGAACAGGAGCCUGUUCCUCGAACUCGACGAAAAUGAGGACCCAAGGUCGUCGCCAAACGUCGGGUCGUCUGCCGUCUCAGAGCCAUCCGAAAACUUCAAGCUGUCUGCCGGCGUCAAGUCGUCCGCUAGUACUGGACCUUCCGUCGAAUCCACCUUGUCGGCGCACCAAGAAUACGAUCCUGCCUCGCCACAGGUGCCACAAGACCCACCAAAGUUGCGCGCUGUAAGCUAUAAUCCCACACCCGUUACAAGCGUCGCGGUGGAGUACACCCCGACAAAGGCAGCCGUUGGCAGCUCAGUUCUCGAGCGCAAGGUGGCACCAACCGUCAAGGAGGACACCUACGUGCCUUCGACAACGAGAGCCCGUGUCAGGCUGGAAGGGCCGUCGUACGUGCCAUCUGCCAUGACGUCUUUACCAAAACAGGAGGAGAAGCCGAAGAGGAGGGAAGAGUACGUCCCGUCCAGCGUGGCGUCGACAACGUCGAGCUCGCGUUCGGUGCGGGGACGUUACGAGGAGUACGUUCCGGAGGCCGUGGGUAGCGCAUCUCGCCGCCACCAGACGACGGUCGACUACGUCCCGACGCCCAAGAGGGAGGCGGCCACCGCCUCCGGCGACGUUCCAACCACGACGAGCACGCUGCCGCUGUCCGAGGUGCCCGAGGCGAGGUACCGCGUCGGCGGCAACACAAACAACACCCAGGAGUCUUCGGGGAGGUCAAACUCCAUCCUGGACCAGGAGAUCCGGACGGCAAGUGAGGUCAAGGAUUUAGAAGAGAAGCACUUAAAGUACCUUUUUGACAAGUGCUUGCCCGAGAUGGACGGAAUCAUAAGGAGAAAGAUUGAGAGUUGGAGAAAUGCAGACUACCAUCGCGGCGGCAAAGCAAAAAGAAGCCUGACGUACAAGGUCUACUUCUCUAUGUUCAGUAGCGCACAGAUGAACCUCAUCAGCAACCUGUUCAUCGAGGAGUUUGUAGUGCGUCGACGGCUGAGCGGCGACUACCUCAACCAAGUGCUGAUACCAGAGUUCCUCAUCCGGGUUGUAAGCGCCAACAAGGGAACUACCCACCAGGAGAGCGACGAGCUGAUGGCCAGCAUUCCGUUCGAACUCUUCAACAUUCCCCUCCACUAGUGAGCCGGAGGGCCACGUCUACGAGGCCUCCGGAAGUGGCAUCGAGGUGCAAAACUGUGUGAAACGCGUGGACUGGAGCGCAGAGUCACCGGAUGCCGCACAGCCGACGAGAUGUGUCGCGCAUCGUGGGGAGGCCCGUUAACAGAUUUUACUGCGAUCCACUGCAUCGAGUUUCCUCGCGACUGGUUACGAGCGAACACGAGCAGCCUCGGAACACUUCCAACCCUACGUGCCGACGGCAGACUCUGCAACGUGGCACCACCGCGCGGAAUUGCGGUUUACGGCGACGGCGGCCAGUGAACUCGGAACUUUCGAGUCGUCUGUGGAGGAACAUGCAGACUCGGGUUUGUGGGACUUCCCCAAUGAAAAACAACGGUUCUUUGUCUUUGUCGUCGCAUCUUAAACCUGCAUAUUUUGCAAGCUUGUUUUAUUUUUUCUUGUUUCUACCAAAGUUGGCACAUCUGUCGUUUGCCUGCCAUAGUCAUCAUUUUUAAGAUUUUAUCUAAGAUUACACAACUUGGAGUUUGCCGAUUUAUGAUUAUCUUUAGCACGCUGUGCCUGCACGAAGCACGUUGCAGUUAUCUUUUUUAUUUAUGCUGACGCAAAGACAUCGCUCAAUGUAGAGGAAAUGCUGUAUAUUUGCUCGUUUUUUCUUUAUAUAACUGCAGUCUGGCAAGUUAUUUCGAACCAUCGUUGAAGGACUUUGUUGUUAACCGCUAGGGUGGUUCACAACGUUGUAUUUUAACAAGGCUGCAUUUGCGUUAUGCCUUGAGGUAUUUAAGUAAAUAAAAUAAAUAAAGGCGUUUCCAGUGAU